AUGUAUGACGCGGUGUACAUGGUGGCCUCUGCGUCUCAGCGUGCCUCGCAGAUCACCGUCAGUUCUCUGCAGUGUCACCGGCACAAGCCCUGGCGCUUCGGGGGACGCUUCAUGAACAUGCUCAAAGAUGCACAGUGGGAUGGCUUGACUGGACAGAUCGUCAUAAACAAAACAGAUGGACUGCGGAAGGAGUUUGACCUGGACGUGAUCAGCCUGAAGGAGGACGGCCUGGGGAAGCCGAACCCAGGCACCAAUCGUCUCAACAAAGUGUGGAAGAAGAUUGGAGUUUGGAAUUCCAACUCUGGCCUUAACUUAACAGAGACCAACAAGGACACUUCUACCAACGUGACGGACUCUAUGGCCAACCGAACGCUCAUCGUGACCACUAUUCUGGAAAACCCUUACGUGAUGUAUAAGAAGUCGGACAAGCCUCUGUAUGGAAAUGACCGCUUCGAGGGCUACUGCUUGGACCUGCUCAAAGAACUGUCCAACAUCCUGGGCUUCUCCUACGAGGUCAAACUGGUGUCAGACGGGAAGUACGGAGCUCAGAACGACAAGGGCGAGUGGAAUGGCAUGGUGCGCGAGCUCAUCGACCAUGUGAGUUUGCACACCUAA